AAUAUAUAGAAACGUUAAAUGUGUAUGCUUUGUACAAAAAAAUUGUUGACAGUUUUUUUUGUUUGUUUCAUUUUGUACAUUUUAAGUUUUGCGAAUCUGAGUUUUGAUGUGUACUUCUAGUCAGUUGAGUUUUCCUAUUGAAGAAAUAAAUAAUGACAGAAUAACAGCAUAAAUACUUUUCAAAACAUCUGGCGAUACACAUGGGAUCUAGUAUUUAAGUGCAACCGUCACGGCGGAGUUUCUUCAAAACUUGUUUAGCAACGAAUGCCAGCCCCAUUGGCUGAGACUUGGAAUGAGGUCACGGCAGCGAUUGUUGUGAUGGUGCUUCUCGUUUUGGGGCAAGUUCAUUCCGACCAUCCUGUAGCACUUGGGAUGCGCUCGAGCCGUCGCCACAGCAUUCAGCAGUUUUGACCUCUUCCUCUACUUUCCUAACGGGACCCUUGUGUAUUGCGCUUAUUAGCGGGGAUAUUCUACAGUAGGUUGGAAUCUUUCGCUUGGGAACUUUUUUUUUUAAUGAACCUGCUGCCUUCAAGAACUUUUAUCUUGCGAGCAUCGCGCUUUAGAUAGGACAUCCAAUGGUCUUUGGAGGGACGCAACUGUUUUUAUAGAAUAGGCAGAGCUGUGAGAGAUGAAGCCCAUCCUGCAGCACUGUGGGUCCGCGCUGCUGCUGCUGACGCUCUACCUGCUGGGGGUUGCUUCUCCCCUCAACCUGGAGGACCCCAAUGUCUGCAGCCACUGGGAGAGCUACUCGGUCACCGUGCAGGAGUCCUACGCGCACCCCUUCGACCAGAUAUACUACACCAGCUGCGCCGACAUCAUCAACUGGUUCAAGUGCACACGGCACAGGGUGAGCUACCGCACGGCGUACCGCCGCGGGGAGAAGACCAUGUACCGCCGCAAGUCCCAGUGCUGCCCCGGCUUCUACGAGAGCGGAGAGACCUGCGUGCCCCACUGUGCGGAGAAAUGCGUUCACGGCCGCUGUGUGGCCCCCAGCACCUGCCAGUGCGAGCCGGGGUGGGGGGGGCCGGACUGCUCCAGCGCCUGUGACAGCACGCACUGGGGCCCCCACUGCAGCAGCCGGUGCCAGUGCCAGAAUGGGGCGCUGUGCAACCCCAUCACGGGGGCCUGCCUGUGCACCCCGGGGUACCGGGGCUGGCGCUGCGAGGACGUGUGCCAGCCGGGCACCUACGGGCACAGCUGCCAGCAGAAGUGCCAGUGCCAGAACGGGGCCGCCUGCGACCACGUCACCGGAGAGUGCCGCUGCUCCCCCGGCUACACCGGCGCCUUCUGUGAGGAGCGGUGCCCCCCGGGGAAGCACGGCCGGCAGUGUGAGGAGCGCUGCCCCUGCCAGAACGGGGGGGUGUGCCACCACGUCACCGGGGAGUGCGCCUGUCCCGCCGGCUGGAUGGGGACGGUGUGUGGACAGCCCUGUCCCGAGGGCCGUUUUGGGAGGAACUGCUCCCAGGAGUGCCAGUGUCACAACGGGGGCACGUGUGUGUCCUCCACGGGGCAGUGCCUCUGCAGCCCGGGGUACACCGGAGAGAGGUGCCAGGAUGAGUGCCCCGUGGGCACGUUCGGCGUGGGCUGCGGGCAGACCUGCCGCUGCAGGAACGGCGCUAAGUGCUACCACAUCAGCGGCGCGUGCGUGUGCGAGCCCGGCUACACCGGAGAGUUCUGCGAGGUGCGGCUCUGCCCCGAGGGCCUCUACGGCCUGCGCUGCGACAGGAAGUGCCCCUGCCACGCCCGCAACACCCACAGCUGCCACCCCAUGUCUGGGGAGUGCUCCUGUCAUCCUGGCUGGUCGGGGCUCUACUGUAACGAGACCUGCGCCCCCGGAUUUUUCGGGGAGUCCUGCCGGCAGGUGUGCCAGUGCCAGAACGGGGCGGACUGCCGAAGCGUGACUGGGGAGUGCGUCUGCGCCCCUGGGUUCAAGGGGCCGGACUGCUCUGUCCCCUGCCCUGCUGGGACCUAUGGGGCCAACUGCUCGUCUACCUGCAGCUGUAAGAACGGGGCGCUGUGCUCACCUGUGGAUGGAGCCUGCACCUGCAGAGCAGGUACUAAAGGAGGUUGGUACGGGGUGGACUGCUCCAUUAACUGCCCCAGUGGCACCUGGGGGCUGGGCUGCAACCUCACCUGUCAGUGUGGGAACGGAGCCGCCUGCAACGCGCUCAACGGACUGUGCACCUGUGCCCCGGGCUGGAGGGGCGAGAAGUGCCACCUGCACUGCCAGGACGGCACCUAUGGGAUGGGCUGCAGGGAGAGGUGUGACUGUAGCCAUGCCGACGGGUGCCACCCCACCACGGGGUACUGCCGCUGCCUACCUGGCUGGACAGGGAUCCACUGUGACAGCGUGUGCGCUGAGGGCCUCUGGGGCCCAAACUGCUCCCUGCCCUGUGACUGCAGGAACGGGGCGUCCUGCUCCCCAGACGAGGGCACCUGCGAGUGUGCGCCCGGGUACCGAGGGACCACCUGCCAGCGCAUCUGUUCUCCGGGGUACUUUGGGCACCGCUGCAGUCAGGCGUGCCCGCAGUGCGUCCAUAGCAACGGGCCCUGCCACCACAUCAGCGGGCAGUGUGACUGCCUGCCCGGCUUCAAAGGAGCCCUCUGCAAUGAAGUGUGCCCCAGUGGCAGGUUUGGGAAGAGCUGUGGGGGGGCGUGCACCUGCACCAACAACGGCACCUGCAACCCCAUCGACGGGUCCUGCCAGUGCUACCCGGGGUGGAUCGGCAGCGACUGCUCCCAGCCCUGCCCCCCGGGUCAGUGGGGGCCGAACUGCAUCCACACCUGCAACUGCCACAACGGAGCCUUCUGCAGCGCCUACGAUGGGGAGUGCAAGUGCACCCCGGGGUGGACCGGCCUGUACUGCACCCAGCGUUGUCCGUUGGGUUACCAUGGCAAGGACUGCUCCCUGGCCUGCCAGUGCCAGAACGGGGCGGACUGUGACCACAUCUCCGGCCAGUGCACCUGCCGAACCGGGUUCAUGGGUCGGCACUGUGAGCACAAAUGCCCCUCCGGUUCCUACGGUUACGGCUGCCGGCAGGUGUGCGACUGCCUGAACAACUCCACCUGCGAUCACAUGACCGGCACCUGCUACUGCAGCCCCGGCUGGAAGGGCACCAGGUGUGACCAAGCCGGAGUGGUCGUCGUGGGCAACCUGCACAGCCUGACCAGCGCCGCCGUCCCGGUGAACUCCUACCAGAUCGGCGCCAUCGCCGGCAUCAUCGUCCUGGUCUUCCUGGUGCUCUUCGUCCUCCUCCUCUUCAUCAUCUACAGGAAGAAGCAAAAGGGCAAGGAGCCGGCCAUGCCCGCCGUCACCUACACGCCCACCAUACGCGCCAACGGCGACUACACCCACUCAGAAACGCUCCCUCAGACGGGGGAGGGGCACCCCAACAGCAACUACUUCUCCAACCCCAGCUACCACACCCUGACGCAGUGCUCCGGCCCCCCCCACACCAACAACAUCCCCUACGGGAAGGCCAAGAACAACCAGCUGAUGGUGAACCUGAAGAACGUGGACCAGCGGAAGCGGCUCCCCCUGGUGGAGCACACCGGAACUCUGCCCGCCGACUGGAAGCAGGGCGGCUGCUUCAACGAGCUGGGAGCUUUCGGGGUUGACAGGCGUUACAUGGGAAAGUCUCUCAGAGAUCUGGUGAAGGGGAGCCCGUACCACGCCAGCUCCUGCUCCCUGAACAGCUCAGAGAACCCCUACGCCACCAUAAAGGACCCCCCCCUCCUCCUGCCCCCCAAAAACACCGAGUGCGGCUACGUGGAGAUGAAGUCGCCGGCCCGGCGCGACCCCCCCUACGCCGAGAUCCACAACGCCGCCCCCCCCGCCGGCAAGAACGUCUACGAAGUCGAGCCCACGGUUAACGUGGUCCACACACCCACCAACAACAACAACAAUGCGCCCUUUCCCUUCGCCCAGGACCCGUACGACCUACCAAAGAACAGCCACAUCCCCUUCCACUACGACCUGCUGCCCACCCGGGAGAGCCCGCCCCCUCCCCACAAGGAGCUGGGCAGCGAAUGAGCACUCAGAGACACAGAGACCACGCCCCCGUACGAUGGCUCAUCCAAUGGCCUUGAUGCGCCGCGAUUUUCUCACCUGCUACAUAUCUAUCCCUUCACCAUUAUAUUAAUAGUUUUUUUUAAUUACUGUUUUUUUGCUAUCACUAUAAUCAUUUUUAAUCUUGAGAGGAACUUCAUCUUCACUCGAUUUCACACUCUUAAGAUCUCAUUUAUGAUCUCAUUCAAAAGAGAAUGAAAAAAUCUGAUCAAUCUGGUGGAGUGUAAAUAUAGCACGAGGAGAUUGGUGUUAUUCUUUCGUACUUCAUAAUACAACACGAUACAAAUAUGUCGUAAAUACAGCUUCAUAGACAGCACAGGAUUUUCUUCAGUCCCUCCCUACCCCUCCAUGGCACAUAUCACGCGCAGUUGCUAUAGAGUACGGAUACAAUCAAACCUCGGUUUAUUAAGGGUUAAAAGAACAUAUGCAGUAUUAGACAGUAGAAAAGCAGGAUUAUAAGUGUGAAUGCCAGUAUAGUUGCUUUAUUCUUUAGUGUUUUUUUUCAUUUAGGAAGAGCAGCUAAUAGUUCUGAACUUCACUUGCGUGAAUGGUGUUUUUUAUUUUUUUGUUUGUUUUUUUUAAAUGACAUUUUUUCACUUCUUUUGUUAAAAAAAAAAAAGCUUAAUUGUGUUUAGUUUGCAAAUGGCUGAUCAGUACUAAAGUUAACCAAAGGAACAAAGUGUGCCACACUUAGACUUUUCUUGGCUGGCUCUUAAGAUCACUUCAGGCGUCCGUUGACCAGCUCGGCUUCUCCGCUGCAGAAACAGUCGAUAACAAUUAACCAGCACAACUGCGAUUUUCGUCCCUCGGUUACCGUUAGCUACGCUUUUACAUUCCCCGACGAUAACAGGGAAAGUUUGCCGAAACAAUCCAAUAAACAGCAGGCAUGAUCAUCGUGUGCGGACCUGCCUGGCCACUAUGAAACUGAGGAGCAUAUUAUGGGCUAUAAUAAUCCAGAUCCCACGUCUGCUUCCAUCUUCAGCAAAAAGGAGCUUCCGCCUUCCCCGGCCCACGUUAACAUUUUUCUCUUUAACUCAUGCAAUUUUGGCAUAUAAAAACUUGUGCUUAAGCUGGACUUUUGCAUCGCGGUGUUGUGGGGAAAAAAAUAUGGAUUGAGAUUUUAAAAAUAACACUAAAUUAGGUUCACUUACAUUUUUGUUUGUCUGCAUUUAUUUUUUAAAGAUGUGUAUGCCUGUAUGUAUUUUUUUUUCCUCUUUUGUAUUGAAUGACAUGAGGACAGCCACUAGUCUUAAACCGGUCUGAGCCAGAUUAGGUACGGUCGUUGUAUAAAGAUAAUGUAUAUAGCUGUAAAUCACUUUAAAACUGAAUGAGAAGUGAUGUGUGGUGCUCGGUUCGAGCUGUACAGAAAGCCCUCUGACGUAUUUUGUGUGUUCUCACAACCCACGGUGAUUGGCUCUGUGAAUUGAGUCCCCACUAGUUUGUUUUUCGAGGUCCAAUCAGGAAGUGAAACAAUUCUUUGUUCGGUUUUCAACGCGCUUCCAAAAUUCUACGAUGAAUGAACCAUAUGCAACAGUUUUUCCAUGUAUGGGAAAUUAUGCACUUAAAGCAGUGAUGAUUUUAUUAACUACUGUUUCAGUUGUCAGUCACAUGAGCUGUUAAACUAUCGAAAGCUGGAAAUGUAGAGCUGGUUUUACACGGAACAUUGAGCUCCACAUCAAAUAAACAGGGCUAUGUAUGUAUGUAUGUGUAUAUAAUUUGUGGAUUUAGUUAGUUUUGCUUCUUGCUAAUGUUCUUAUUUUUAAAAAAUUUUUUAAAGGAUCUUAAAAUAAAUUGCACAUUUUAAUAAUUGUUUCUCCCCAAAGAAAACUGAAGACAAUGAUAUUUUCCUUACUACCAUUUUAUUUAGACUUUACUUUUUUUGUUGCCACAAAUCGCCUGUUGUUUUCUGUAGAUCGCGUGUUCGUGCAAAAGUGCUUUCCAAUAAAACGACAAAAACGUU